AUGGCCACUCAUUCAUCUAAGACGAUACCUUACGAUAUCAAGGCAAAAGCUGAGGUAAGAACUGAAGCACAGGCUGAAACAAAAGUAGAGGUAGAAGUGGAGCUAAAAUCCGAAGAAAAAAUUGGGGCAAAAGUCGAAGCAAAAAAUGAGACAAAAAUCGCGGCAAAAGUUGAGGUGAAAAUUAAGGUGAAGUCUGUGGGAAAAGUUAAAGCGAAAGCUGAGGCGAAAGUUAACGCAAAAGUUGGGCCCAAAGCAGAGGCGAAAGUUAGAGGAAAAGUUAAGACGAGGUCUGAGCAAGAUUUCAGGCAAGAGUUCAGGCAAAAGUUCAGGCAUAAGUUCAGGCAAAAGUUCAGGCAAAAGUUCAGGCAAAAGUUCAUCCAAAAGUUCAGGCAAAAGCUCAGGCAAAAGCUCAGGCAAAAGUUCAGGCAAAAGUUCACGCAAAAGUUCAGGCAAAAGUUCACGCAAAAGUUCAGCAAAAUGUUCAGGCAAAAGUUCAGACAAAAUGUUCAGACGAAAGUUCAGCAGGGAAGAUGGCAAAGUGAAAUUAAGGAAAAAGAAAAUAACUGACUGGAUUAA